UGCCGAUAGGCUGUCCGCUUCUGACUGAGCAUACUGUUGCUUCACUGCAUGGAUUUGUCGUGUUAGCUACGGCUUGGUCACAGGAAACCAGAAGUUGUGAAUUUCGAGUUAAAUUGUCGGGACUGAUUUGCAUACAACGCGUUAUUCACAAAAGCCUCAGUGGAUGAUACGUUUAGUACACAAAGACUGAAUGACACUACUUUGUUGUGCCGUAACCCAUUCACCGGAGGAAGAGAAUGAAAAGAAGGCCAGAAAAGUUUCCCGGUCCAUCAACAAAAGAUUAAAACAAUCCCAGAAAGCCGACUGGAAAUGCCUGAAAUUGCUUUUGCUUGGUACGGGAGAAUCAGGAAAGUCCACAAUCCUGAAGCAGAUGAAAAUUAUUCAUAUAAACGGCUAUACAGAAUCAGAGAAGAAGGAAUUCAUUUUGCCCGUGUACAAAAACAUUCGCGAUGCGAUGAUGUCCCUGCUGGGUGGAAUGCGAGUCCUCAGUGAAGAAUUUGGAACUGCUGAGAAUGCAAAAUUGGCCAAAGACCUUCUAGACACUUCAUUCAAAGAAGACAGCGAAUAUCCUCCAUCGUUCUUCGACGCCGUAGAGAGGCUGUGGAAUGAUCAGGGUGUUCAAAGGGUAUUCACAAAGGCCAACGAAUACCAGCUUCUGGAUUCAGCAAAGUACUUCCUUGACCGUAUUGGAAUAAUUCGCCAGGCAGACUAUAUUCCCUCAGAUCAGGACAUCCUACGCUGCCGUACAAUGACUGAUGGCAUAAACGAAGUGCGCUUCGACAUUCAGACUGGCAGAAAAACCAGCGUACGAUUUCGAGUUUUCGAUGUCAGUGGACAACGGGGAGCCAGAAAAAAGUGGAUUCAACUUUUCGACAACGUGACUGCCAUCCUGUUUCUGGUUGACAGUAGCAGCUUUGAUCAAACACUACGUGAGGACCGCAAUCAAAAUCGCAUGGUUGAUUCUUUAGAAGUGUUUGAGCAGGCUUGGAACAAUAAGUACCUUCAGUCAGUACCGAUGAUUGUAUUCUUGAAUAAAAUCGAUGUACUGGACGAAAAGAUUCAUGCAGGACAACGAAUCACCCGGUUGUACUCCUUCGCGGCAAACUGGAUUGACAUGUACGAAAUGCGAAGCAGCGUUUUUUCACCCGCAUCCUUGGCAGAUUCAAGAGAUCAAUUUUUGAACCUACACGAUUCUUUGCUCAGUUGUUACUCGCAAACCAACGAUUUUAACGAUGGGACAGCUGUUCAGACGCCCGUAUCGCGAUUUCCAAACACAAGUGUCCUGCGAAAGAUUGACGAAAAUGCUUCUCAGGAUUGUGACGGAUCGCCUCUAGGUUCCUCACUGACUUCACCCACCAAACACUCCACACCAAACGAUCGGGCAAAAAUGACUCGACGUCCCUCCCAAACCUCAUUCCGGUGGCGGCAGAGCUCAUUCAGUAGAACACUCAAUACUCUGACGCCUAAAAAUUCAAUACGUCGAUUUCGUCGAAGUUUCCGGCAGGCCACAUUCAUCCCCAUUAACCCCAUGCCUUCUUCGUGUGGGCAAAAGAGUCGACUGUCUUGCACAGUUGCUGUGACCCAGGUGAUAGUCCAGUCGCCUUAUCACAAGUUCGAACCGUCAGUUGAAGAACAAUACGAGUUCACUCGGGCUAUACAGUACAUUGAAAGACAACCACACAGCCUCGCUGGGUUGGAAUCCACUGACCUACGUGAACUACGCCCACCACACCGUGAGACCAUUCGGACUGCAUGCUACAUCAAACACCUUUUCCAGGAACUGACGAAGCAGAAACCAAGUGGACAAAACCAGCUGGGUAAACGGCGGCACUGUUUAUUCUACUACACAUGUGCCGUCAGCACAGACAGCGUCAAGAAGGUGCUCGAUGCUUGUCGCAAAUUUCUGAUUGAGGAUCAUCUUGAACGCUUUGGCUUGUUAUAACCUCAGUUCUCAUUUUUCUGACCAACACGCGUUGGUGUUGACCAGCCUGUGCCUGCACCACCACACCACCUGAAGCUUGCCCUCAAGCAAUUCUGAAUUGACAUGUGACUUUGUUUACUUUAUUCAUAUCGGCUUUCUAAAAUGAUUCAUCCCCCUAGCAGGCAAUGUACUCUCAACCCUGAAGAACACAAAGCAAC